AAUUCUUAUAAUGCACGACGCACGUGCUAUUAUAAUUUUGUAAUAUAUAUACAUAUUAUGUAUAUUAUAUUAAUCACAAUGUUGUCAAUUCUCAGAUUAUAUUGUUCCGUGAUAUUGUAUAAUUCGGUAUGAAAACGUAUGAUUUUAAAUUAAAAUAUAAAAUUCAAGUAUUUUACAUUUUAGAUAUUUCCUUCUUUUUGUAAUAAUUUUCGGUUAAUCGUCAGUAAAUACUAUAGUUAGCAGUAGUACUCUUGUAAUCUUGUCGCUUAGUUACUACUUUUUAAAUUAAAAUGAUUUCUUUGUUGUGAUUUGUGACAUGAACUGAUAUAUACAUCAAAUAUGUUUGAUUUUAUAAAAAUACCAUUCAGAGAUAGUAAAGUAUCAAUUACACGUCCAUUUCUUUGUGAUAAAGUCAAACAAUUUGGUAUCUGUGAAGGAUCAUGUCCAGAACGUCAUGAUUUAUGUAAAACACUUGAUAAAGAAUGUCUCAAUAUUCCCACAAAAUGUUUGAUUAGUGUGCGACUGACAAAAAUCAUCAGUGCUUCACAUUUUUAUGGCAGAAUUCUUAAGUAUAGUACUAAAAAGAAUCCUACAAAAGAUCAAGAUUGGAUUAGCGUUGAUGACUUGUUUGAAAGAAUAAAAUAUGAAUUAAAAAACAUCAACUCAACACCAAAUACUAUCAUUUUAUGUAAAACCUUUACCAUUGGGGAAAUGGUUAUGGUCCAAACUGAACAAGGAGAAUUUUAUCGAGCAGUGAUCUUGAAUAUAUAUUAUGGUUGGCUUACAGUUAAAGUAAAAGUUAUUUUAAUUGACAUGGGACAUACAGAAGAAGUUAGUUCAAAUAAAAUAUUUGUAUUGCCAAGCCAUUUAAAAGAACACAGGCCUGUAGCUGUUGAAAUCAUCAUAUCUUCCAUGGAACCAGUGGUAGAGGCAGGUUCUGUACUCAGUUGGCCAGUUAAUACAACAAAUCUUGUACGUAGUUUAUUAGAACCAAGUAUUUUGACAGAUUUAGAAUUUAUUUGCAAAGUUGAACUUAUAUUAGGAAUAAAUAUAUGGGUUGAUUGGAUCUUAGCAAAAAAAUGUAUUAAAUGUUCUCACUUUGCAUGUAAACUGUAUAAAAGUCCUUUGAUAUUACCAAAUGAAUUAAUUAAACGCAAUUUUGCAAGACAGAAUUCUUUGCUCAUUGACAAAUUAACAAACUUAGAUAAAGAUGCCCGUGUAUGGAAAAAAAAUGUAUUUAUUGAAAAACCUUUAAUCAUUAAAAAACCAAAUAUAUCAUUAUUUUCAUGUGAUAAACCAAAAAAUGAAAUUGACGAAGUGAUAAAAGUACAAUGGGCUCACUUGUCUGAGCAAAUAAUCUCAAAUGUAACUGUUUGUUAUGUAGAUGGUCCAAAAUGUUUUUUUGUUAUUAAUAUGGAAUUUUAUGGAAGAGUUAUUGCUCUUCAAAGAGACAUUGAUGAUGCCAUCAGUAAAACAACUAUUGAAAAAUUAACUUACGCUACUGUAGGAAAUGUAUGUUUAGCCUUAGCACCUGAACAAAAUAAAUAUAACCGUGUUAUUAUUCUACAAAUCAAUCAUAAAAAAGCUAAAGUUCUUUUUGUAGAUUAUGGUGAAUUUUACGAAGUUGAAAUUGAUAAUUUAUUGACUAUACCUUCAAGCUUAAUAACAAAGUUACCAUUUCAAGUAAUUGAGUGUAGUUUAAGUGGUUUUAAUAUUAUUUUACAGACAGAUAUUGUAGAUCAGUUCAAUAAUCGUUUGUUGGAACUUACAGAUACUGCGAUACACUUAAAAGUUCUUUCUUCUACCACAAAUGCAAAGUUUACUGGAACCCAUUAUGAAGUUGUAUUGUUUAAAAAUGAUGUAAAUAUAAAUGUCUCUAUGGCUGAUGAAUUUAGUAUGUAUGUUGAUAAUACUCAAAUACAAAUUAUUUUAAGCUCAAAUUAUAAAUACAAGGAACAUGAAACUGAAAAUACCAUCAUCGAUGAUGAUGAUGAUGAUGAACUCGAUGAAGAAGAAUUAAAAUGUCAGAUGGAUUUAUUGGAGAGUUUAUUCAAAUAUUCAAAUCAAACAAAUGAAACUCAAACUGUGCCAAAUUCAAUAAAUGAAAAAAAAAAUGAGUCAGAUUUAAAAUCAGUAAAUAAAGAUAAUGUAAUUGCAAACAUAGAACAGAAGAAAUGUAAAAAGAUUGAAAAAAAAUAUUGCCUGGAUUGCAAUGUGACUCCAGUGGUGCCUCAAUGUUUUUGGCAUCAAGAUGAUACAUGGAUUUAUCUUAAAUUGAAUAUUUUAUCUGUAAACGAUUAUAAUACCUCAUAUACAAUGAAUACUAUAACAAUAAAUGUUGAAACAAAUUCUGUAUCCUAUUCCUUUACAGCAGUUUUAUUUGGGCUUAUAAUAGAUAAACUAUGUACUUGUCGUGUAGGUUUUGAUGGAAUUUUCAUAAAAGCACAAAAACUAAUCAAAGUUAAAUACCAUUGGCCUAGACUUUUAAAAUGUACAAAAAAGCAUAAAUAUAUUAUUUAUGAUACAGAAUUUUGCAUUGCUGAAGGUAAAAACUUGAAUUUGUGGUGUAAAAUUUUGAAUAGUUACAAAAUAAAGGCUCAUGGUGAACAGUUAAGUGUAGAGUAUCCUGAUUCUGAUUAUGAAGAUAGUGUUUAUGAUGAAAAUGGCAUUUUUGAAGAUUGAUUAAAAAUAAUGUUUGGUAUCAUAAUUAUUUUAUAUUUAAAUGUUAAAUUUAUAUCAUUGUUUAAUACAGAAAACAUUGUUCUAAGCAUCUUAACAUUUACAAACUUUAAGUUUGUUACCUUUUUUUUUAAUACACAAUUUCAGUUUAUUUAUAUGUAACAAAGUAAUAUGAUAGUCACUAUUGAA